UCGGAGCGGGGAGGUUGAUGGGCCUCUGCGCAUGCGCGGAAGAGCGACGCGGCAGUGGGAGCAGCCACCACUGGCUCCCAAAGGGCUCCAGGGAGUUCUGUCCCAUCCCUCAGCCUCGCUGGAGGCACGGCGUGUGGUGCUGGGUCUCAGCGCAGAGGCCAUGAAGAUUAACCAGAACACUGUGCUGCAAGGAAAGAGGGUGACCCUGGUGCCAUACACUUCUGCACAUGUGCCCCGGUACCAUGAGUGGAUGCAGUCAGAGGAGCUGCAGCGCCUGACCGCCUCUGAACCACUCAGCCUGGAGCAGGAGUAUGAGAUGCAGUGCAGCUGGCGGGAUGAUGCAGACAAGUGCACCUUCAUUGUGCUGGACACGGAGCGGUGGUCUGGACAGGCAUGUGCGGAUGAGGACUGCAUGGUGGGGGACGUGAAUCUCUUCCUCACCAACCCUGAGGAUCUGACUUUGGCCGAGAUUGAAAUUAUGAUUGCAGAGCCCAGCUACCGAGGCAGAGGGUUUGGCAAGGAGGCAACUCUGAUGAUGAUGUCCUAUGGAGUGAGAAACCUGGGGAUCACCAAAUUUGAGGCUAAGAUUGGUCAGGAAAAUGAAACCAGUAUCUGCAUGUUCAAAAAGCUUCAUUUUAAGGAGGUUGCUGUGAACAGCGUUUUCCAAGAGGUGGCACUGAGGCUGGAUGUCAGUGACCAGGAGAGACGAUGGCUCCUGGAACAGACAAGCCACGUGCAGGAGAAGAACUAUGUUGAACUGACGCUGCCAGCUGGGGUGCUGGAGAGCUGACAGACACAUCCAGACGCAGGCCUGGUUUCCCGUGAGGAGUUGGAUGCUGUUGUGAGAUCUGGAUGGGGACGAUGCCGGUGAGCCAACACUUCGCUGGACUUUUCAUCCGUCCCCUUCGGUUACUUUGUCAUUUUGUAAACUCUGCACCUUGUUGCACCAGCCGUACUGCCUGAAAUUUGGACCUGCAGAACAGCUGCUAAUUCACAGGCUUGACUAGGAAUGACUGUAACCUUAACAAGCUGUUCCAGCAGAGCUUAAAAUCACCAGCAGUUUCUGGACAAGCAGUGCCUCCAAUUUCUGGAUCAGCAGCACCCACUGCUUUUAGAACAGGAUUCAUCAGUUCGACAGAGGCAGCGUCAAUAGGCUGGUAGCUAGGCUGUUUUCUCUUAAAUAAAAAAAAAAAGAUCUGAAGUGCCCAAGCACGAUCUGGGAGCGGCGGGGCUCGGCUGCUUGGUUUGGCUGCCGAAAGAGUAGUUAGAAGUUGUAAAGGACAGCGGUGAUUCUUUGAACCCUGUUCUCCGGGGUGUGGCGGGUUGUGGGGGGGUACAGCUGGAAGUGAGCGGCCCAGGUGUGGGUGAGCACAACCAAAGGGCAAGUUAACAUGAUAAAAAAUUACUGAUAUCAGCAAACUGACACUAGAGCAGAGCCUUGCCACGAUCACUGCGUAACAGGGGCUGGCAGCUGCAGGAGGCUGCUGAGACAAAGCCCCCUGAGCUUCAGGGCCAUGCUUUGGACCUGGAAACCUCAGACCAUCAUUGAAGGGAUAUUGCACUUCAUUUUACCAGGCUGCUUUUAUGAGAGCAAGGAGGAGGAGAGCACAACUGAAAGACAACAGUAUAGUAAUCCCCGUCUUCAGGGAACUCCAGGCUUGCUCUGCUGAGCCUGGAGGCUCUGUUCCCUGCUCUGCAGUAACAUGAAUGGGGAGAAAAAUACCUCUUACUGGGGGCAGAUAUAUUUAGGGCAGGAGCUAGCCAGCCAGCCUCUGCUGUGUUGUGUUGGAGCUCUGUGGCUGAAGAAGAGGCACUGCCUGACUCCCACUGGACAGACUUUUUAAUGCAGUUAUUUAGCCUGACCUUUCCUGCCCUACACAGCAAGCUUUCCACAGCAGGGAAGCUUGCUAAGAGAAGACAGAAGGCAAGGAGGAUAACUGAUGCUCCUGUGUGUUUUACCACUGUAAAUAGCAGCCAUAAUAGCUAAUUCCAGACCAGAAAUUAGGCAGUAUCAGGUAACAGCUUUCAGAUUUUCCCAGGGAUGUUUUUAUCAGAAAUUGGUAGACUAUGGAAUUUUUCGUGUGGCUGCGCCUGUACUUUUAGGGCCUGGGGUUUUUAGUUUUCCAAUUUUAGUUAAUUUAAAUGCAUCAUUCCUUGACCAAUAUUAAAACCAAGCGUGGGAACAGUGUAUCAUGGUAUUUUAAACAACAAGUAUUUAAUGUGGA